CUGGCGCCCGCUUUUAAACAGUCGUGUAAUAUUUGCAACUGCGGGCGGACUUCUCAAUCUAGCUUGAAAAAGGCGGAGACUUCCGCUUCUAUGCCCCGCCCCGAACCGGCAUAACCCCGCCCACUAGGCCCGCGUCUAGACUGCAAUUGAAGGAAGCGGCUGCUCCUCAAUGGGCUCGGGGCUCAGUGGGCUCGGUUGUGAGUAGGAAGAAGCUGGUGGGUUAGAGCCCGGGAGAAGUAUUUCCUAGAAGGUGGUGUUCCUCGGGAGCUUGAGUGUCACCGCUGUGACAGCAUCCGUGGCUUCCGAAGGACCAUGUCACUAGACUUUGGCAGUGUGGCCCUGCAGACACAAAAUGAAGACGAAGAAUUUGACAAAGAAGACUAUGAAAGGGAGAAAGAGUUGCAGCAGUUACUCACAGACCUGCCUCACGAUAUGCUGGAUGAUGACCUGUCUUCCCCCGAACUUCACUAUUCGGACUGCAGUGAGGACAGCAGAGAGGAAGACACACAUCAUUCUGAGCAAUUGGAGAUGAACUGGACUGAGCAUCAAGUGCUGCCUAAACCUCCAAAUGUAAAUGCCUAUAAUGACAUUCGGGAUAUAUGUAUUGGAGAGAAAAGUGGCAAUGGCUGGGAAGACAAUCAAAGUAGAACUGAAGACCAGCAUCCUGUCUACCAUCCUGAAGGAGGUGGAGAUGAAGGCGGAAGUGGUUAUAGUCCUCCGAGUAAAUAUGAGCAGACUGAUUUAUAUCACCUUCCUGAAAACUUUAGGCCAUAUACCAACAGUCAGAAGCAGGAAUUUAAUAGCCAACCAACCAAUGUAAUUACAUUUUCAGAUACUCAAAGGAAUCAUUUUCAGCAAUUUGGCAUGUCACAAGGUCCUAGUUGUCAAGCUCUGGAAUCAUAUAAAGUGACAUAUAAGCCUUUUCAGUCUUCUGCCCAGAAUAAUGGCUCACAGGCCCAGGACAUUGCAGAAAGUGACACAUUUGAAGGCCUGCAACAGCAAUUUUUAGGAGCUAAUGAAACAGACUCUGCAGAAAAUAUGCAGAUUAUUCAACUUCAGGUUCUUAACAAAGCUAAAGAGAGACAACUGGACAAUUUAGUUGAAAAGUUAGAUGAAAGUGAACGUCAAGUUAGGUUUCUGAAUCAUCAGCUUCUGAUAACCAAAGAUGAAAAGGAUGGUUUGGCCCUCAGCCUUCGAGAAUCACAGAAACUUUUUCAGAAUGGAAAAGAAAGAGAAAUACAACUUGAAGCACAAAUAAAAGCACUGGAGACCCAAAUACAAGCAUUAAAAGUCAACGAAGAACAGAUGAUUAAAAAGUCCAGAACUACUGAGAUGGCCAUGGACAGCCUGAAGCAGCAGCUGUUGGACCUGCAUCAUUCAGAGUCACUUCAGCGCACGAGGGAGCAGCAUGAGAGCAUCGUGAUGGGCCUCACGAAGAAGUAUGAGGAGCAAGUGCUGUCCUUACAGAGGAAGUUGGAUGCUACCCUUACUGCACUGAAGGAACAGGAAGAUAUCUGCUGUCAUUUGAAAGAUCAGGUUAAACAACUGGAAAGGAAUCAAGAAGCAACCAGAUUAGAGAAGACUGAGAUCAUUAACAGAUUGACAAGAAGCCUGGAGGAGAGUCAGAAGCAGUGUGCCAACCUGCUGCACUCAGGCUCAGUACAGGAGGUGGCUCAGCUCCAGCUCCAGCUGCAGCAAGCACAAAAGGCACUCGCUAUGAGUGAAAACAUGAGCAAGGCUUUGCAAGAAGAAUUAAAAGAACUAAAAGAUGAAAUUUCUCUCUAUGAAUCUGCUGCAAAACUAGGAAUACUUCCAAGUGACUCAGAAGGAGAAUUAAAUAUAGAACUAACUGAAUCGUAUGUUGAUUUGGGUAUUAAGAAAGUCAACUGGAAAAAAUCCCAAGUUAAGAGCCUUGGGCAGCAAGAAGGCCCAGAUGAAGCACUUUCUAAAGAGGAGGUCAUCUUGAAGCUGAAGGCAGAGGUGCAGCGUUUGCUGGAUAGCAACUCUGUGAAGCGUCAUCUGGUGUCUCAGUUACAAAGUGAUCUCAAAAACUCUCAUAAGAAAAUCGAAGCUCUCCAAGUGGAGAAGGAGGAAAAAAGCACUGAGACUAAAACAGAUACCUCAGAAAAACCAACUAAUCAGAUAUGGCCUGAUUCUUCUGACAUGAUUGUCAAAGAUGAUAUACUGCAGCUUAAAAAUGAAAUUCAAGUUUUACAGCAACAAAAUCAGGAACUUAAAGAAACUGAAGAAAAACUGAGAAAUACAAAUCAAGACUUAUGCAAUCAAAUGAGACAAAUGGUACAAGAUUUUGACCGUGAUAAACAAGAAGCUGUUGAUAGGUGUGAGAGGACUUACCAGCAGCACCAUGAAGCCAUGAAAGCCCAAAUACGGGAAAGCCUGUUAGCAAAGCACGCUUUGGAGAAACAGCAACUCUUUGAGGUUUACGAGGCAACUCGCUUACAACUUAGGUCUGACUUAGAUAAGGUGAAUAAGGAGAUGGCGGCUGUGCAGGAAUGUUACCUGGAAGUGUGCCGAGAGAAAGAUAACCUAGAAGCGACUCUCAGGAAGAGUGUGGAAAAAGAGCAACAGGCACAGGAGAAGAAGAGACAACUAUUGGAGGAAAGAGAAGAGUAUAUAGGGAAACUACAGGUGGAACUUGAAGAAAAGUACCAAGAUACCCUUGUGAUGGAAAAGGACAAGUGGCUGAAAGAACAUGAAAGUAAUAUUAAACAGCAGGUUGAAAAUGAAGUGAUAUUAGCGAAAGAACACUGGGAUAAGGAACAGAAAGAGAUCAAACAAGAACUGAUUCAACAGCUUGAAAAGGAGUGGCAGUCUAAACUGGAUCAAACUAUAAAGGCAAUGAAAAAGAAGACCUCAGAUUGUUGCAGCCAAACUGACCAAGAAACCACCAUUGAUGUUAUUUCCAAGAAAGAGAUGGCAAUCAUGAUAGAAGAAAAGAAGCGAAAGAUCCAGCAAAAUUUAGAGCAAGAGAAGGAAACAGCCAUCAAGGGGAACUUGAAGAAACUUGAGUUUGAACUGGAACUCAAAUAUUGUGAAAAUAUUGCCAAACAGGUAAUAGGCAGGUUUACUAUAGCAAAAUUAUUGGAACUGCCUAAUGAAAGCCUGUCAAGUGCUGCCACUGAACUUGUUCCUAACUUUAUACUUAAAUAUUUUCUGCACCCUAAGGUAGAAACAGCUGUGCAGAAUGCUCGUCAUCGGUGGCUGGAAGAACUGCCAGAGCUCGCAGAGUAUAAAGCACUUGUAAGAGCAGAACAGAAGAAGUGGGAGGAGCUACAAGAGCAGUCAGUGGCCAAACGGAUAUUGUUUGCUGUUUCUGAAGCUAAAGAGAAAUGGAAAAGCGAGGUUGCAAAUAUGAAAAAAAAUGUCACACCUGGAAAGGAAAUGGAAGAGAAGAUUCAUUCUCUGCAGAGAGAGCUUGAGUUAAAGAAUGAGGAACUCCCUGUGGUUGUCAGGGCUGAGCUGGCAAAGGCCCAGACUGAAUGGAACAAAGAAAAGCAAGAAGAAAUCCACAGAAUUCAAGAACAAAAUGAGCAAGAUUACCGGCAAUUUUUAGAUGACCAUCGAAAUAAAAUUAAUGAAGUGCUUGCUGCAGCUAAGGAAGAUUUUAUAAAGCAAAAGACUGAACUACUUCUUCAGAAGGAGACAGAAUUACAGAUGUGUCUAGACCAGAGCCGCAAAGAAUGGACUAUGCAGGAAGCCAGGCGGAUCCAACUGGAAAUCCAUCAUCAUGAGGAAGACAUCCUGACUGUCUUGGAGUUUCUCUUAAAGGACACACUGAAGGAGCAAGCCAGUGGUUCAGAGAGUAAGCCCCUUUUGGAACUCUUGUCGACUUGUUCUUCGAAAUGGAUGUCUGUGCAAUAUUUUGAAAAACUAAAGGCCUGCAUACAGAAAACAUUUCAAGAUAUACUCUCCUUACUUAUAGAAACUGUCGACUCAGACUGGGGGAAGAGAAAUAUGACCAAGAUCUCUAAGGAUCCUGCCACGGGCAGAGGAGACCCUGGAGUCCAGGCGAUGCUUCCUGCGCCUACGUCUGGACACCAUGCUCUGCCUUUGGCGGCCGUACAAGAAGCAGAAGCUGAUGAGAAAAAGAUCCUUGAAAUUAAAGAUUCAUGCUGUGGACACUGCUUCCAAGAACUUGAAAAUGCAAAGCAGGAAUGUCAAGAUCUGAAAAGAAAACUGGAGAAAUGCUGUAGGCAUCUUCAGCAUUUAGAAAGGAAGCACAAAGCUGUAGUGGAAAAAAUCGGAGAAGAGAAUACUAAAGUUGUUGAAGAAUUAAUGGAAGAAAACAAUGACAUGAAGAAUAAAUUAGAAGAACUGAGAACACUUUGUAAAACACUACCACCAAGGUCACUGUCAGAAGGAGCUAUUGAAAAUGCCUGCCUUCCAUGCAAUGAGGUGGCCUUGGAAGAACUUCGUGGGCAAUACAUUAAAGCUGUAAAAAAGAUUAAGCGUGAUAUGCUUCGUUAUAUUCAUGAGAGUAAGGAAAGAGCUGCAGAAGUGGUAAAAGCAGAGGUGUUGCGAGAACGUCAAGAAACCGCCCGAAAGAUGCGCAAAUAUUAUUUGAUUUGCCUCCAGCAGAUUUUGCAGGAUGAUGGGAAGGAGGAAGGGGCUGAGAAGAAGAUCAUCAAUGCUGCUAGCAAGCUUGCUAUGAUGGCAAAAUUGCUGGAAACACCUAUUUCUAAUAGAUCCCAGAGCAAAACUGCACAGUCAGAAGUAUUACCUCUGACUUCAGAGAGGCCCACUGGAGUUGAAAAAUCAAAAAGAAAUGAUGUGAAUCAGAAUACACCAUGUCACACGGAAAGCAAAUCAAACAGUCUAAAAACGAUCCCCAGAAGUAUGUGCGACCAAGUUCCUAAGAGGAGGGCUGCCUGUAACCUACAAAGCCGAUUAGAGGAUGCAGAGCGUGGGGACAGAAAGCCCGAGUGUUCCAGAGAGUCGCAUCUGGACUUUCAGUUCAGGGAUAACAGUCGCAAACACGUAGACAUUUUGCCAAGGAGUGUUUCUCCUGAGUUUGUGCCUUGUGAAGAUGAAAGAAGCUUUGAUUUGCACAAGAAAAAAGACCUUGGUGAUCCUGGCUCUGAAUCACUCCAGCACUCAAAUGCACACCCCUUCCUUGGAACCUUUGGAAAUAAACCUUCAUCUCGAUACACCCCUGAUCUUUCUGAGUCUGAAUCCACACACAUUACUUUUCGAAGUCCUAAUGAAAGACUUGGUUUAAAAGUAUAUAAAUGUAAUCCACUAAUGGAAAGUGAAAAUGCUGCAUCUGAGAAAAGUCCGAGUUUGGGUGUUAAGGAAGUUCCAGUAAAGGAUGUAGGGGACCUGAGUGACUCUUCAGGCUGGCAUUCCAACACUGCCACUCUACCCUACAGCAGUCAUGAAGCGUCAUUUUUGCAUGGUGGGCCGCAAGACACCCUGGAUUCGCUCCUUGAAUCUGUGAAUUUCAAACAGUUUUCAGCAGCUAGCUAUCUUUCAGACUCAGAGAAAAACAACAUGAUUCGUCAGCCUACGAAAUGUCAGAGUGGUCAUGCUCCAGACCUGUCAGAAGAAACCACAUAUUUCCAGCCAGGGAAGAGCAGCGUAACUCUUGGACACCCACCUCAUCAUAAAGCUGAUGUAUUAAAAUCAGAAUUCAAAACACUGAGCAGUACAGUACCACCUGCCAUGUGUCCGCUGCCUUCAAGAAAAUUAAUUGCUCCUCUGUCUAGCCAGCAAGAUAGUGGCUUUGAUAGCCCAUUUGUCAAUCUAGACUAAUUGUUGUAGAGUAUUUAAGAAGAAUCAUUAAUAUAUUGACAAGAAAACUGAAGGGAAGACUUGAAACUGAAAUAUUUGUGGGCCCUGCAUAUUUUGAGAUGUUUUAGUAACAUCUGACUAUGAUAUAAGUAAAGUAUUCUCAUAAAAUUACUGAGAUAUUAAUGUUGCCUUCAUCUUCUUUAGUGGUGUGUGUGUAAUCUGCUUCUGUGUGAUGCUUAUAUUUGGUUGCUAAACCAUCCAUUUUUAUACUUAUAAAUUAGCUCUCUGUGCAGUUUUAAAUUAUUUAAAUAAACUUGCAUAUGGUCUGUA